AUGGAAGCCGUUGACGGAGAAUCAACAACCUCACUUCCUGUCGUAACAAAUCCUGAGGAUUUCAAACCCAAAGAUGAUGGCAUGCAUUUAAUUAUUGAACCAGGAUAUUCCUUGGCAACGCUUCGGGAGUUCGUCAAAUCAUCGUGUCUGGCGGAAAAAUGUCAAUUCAUUGAGACAACCGAUGAAAUACAGGAGAUAUGUCGCCACUUUAUUGCUCUACUCCGCAAAGAAGAAUUGAAUCUGGAUGAGGUCACAUCGAUGUUUGUUUGUGCCUGUCUGAGUUAUUUUGUCAAUGCCACACCGGAGAAUUUUGAAUGGCGUUCCCAGUUGUUGCAGAAAACAUUCCAAUAUGUUGAUACAUUGCAUCCGGUUCAUCUCCAUGUGGCCACCAAACGUCUAUGGGAGGCAAUGAAAACCGAUGGCAUUGAUUUCGUUUUCAAUGUCAUUGCCAUCAGUCAUCAAAUUGCAAUUGCCAGUGAAACGGGUCGAGCCAUUGCCAUUUGCCUUAUUUGGACAAUAUUAUUUAAUAUAACCGAAACAAAUAUUCAAAUGUAUUGUUUUCAUGAACUCAGUGAACUUAUAAAAAUUCUCAAUGAAUUAGAUGAUCAGCUACUGAUCAAAGAGGAUAAUACCCGAGUGGUAUAUAUACUAAUACAAAGUAUUGGAUUCCUGGUGAAUUCAAUUGUUUUUGGUCAAAAUAAAGAUUUCGAGAAGGCCGGUUAUCGCAACUAUUUUUCAUAUACCAAAAGGGAAUUGGAAAAAUUGAAAGACUAUGCUGAGCAUUUGUCGAAGCUGUGGAAAAUUGAUAUAUCUGUGGCACAGAAUAAUUACGAUUUGAGAAUGACGAUAAGUGAAUAUAUUGAAUUGAAUAUUGUCGGAGCACUGCAGGAGAAAAUUACAGAAAUGCAAGCAACCAAAUAA